AUGUCCCAAUCAAAUGAAAAAAAAAAGAAUUUGAAAAAAAGAAAAAAGAAUUUUAAAGAUUCAAAAAAAUUAAUAAAAAAUGAAGAAAUUAAUGAAGAAACUGAUGAUGAAGAAAUAGAAAAAGAUGACAAUAAUAAUCAUAAGAAGAGAGAGAUUAAAUUAGAUGUAUUGAAGAGAGGAAAAAAUUUUGCUGAUAAAGAUAUGAUGAUAAAUUUAAUCAACCAGCUUAAUUCAAAAGAAGACAAAAAAAUAGAGAAAAAAUUGAAAAUAACUAAGGAAAAGAGCAAAGAAAAGGAUAUAAAAAAACAGCAAAAACAAUCACUAAAGAAGAAAAAAUUUGAACAAAUGAAAUCAAUGCUAAAAAAUAAAAAAAUAAAAAAAUAA